AUGGGAAUUGGUAAUAGAAUCGCAACUGUUCUAUUUUAUUUAACUACACCAGAAAAGGGUGGCUAUACAAUUUUUAAUAAAAUAAAUACAAUUGCUAAACCAUCUAAACGUGAUGCUCUUUUUUGGUAUAAUUUGUUAAGAAAUGGAGACGGAGAUUUAAGAACAAUGCAUGCAGCUUGCCCAGUUUUAAUUGGAGAUAAAUGGGUUGUAAAUUCUUGGAUACGUGAAAGAGGACAAGAGAAUUUUCGUCCAUGUUCAUUAAAAUCACCAACGAUGGAACGUUAUGUUGGAGAUUUAGGAGGUUAUUAUGAAAAUAUUAUGAAAAAAUAUCAACAUAAUUUAAAAAAUCAUUAG